AUGAUGGACACUACAUUUUCUUUGGAUAGUUUGUUUUUUGAAGGACCAGAUGAAAAACACAAAUAUCCAGAAAAUGAAGUGCCGACAAACUGGUAUCUUGCCCCUGCUCCAUCUGUUUUUGAAAUUUCACCAAGUCAACAGCUACAAAUGGAAUUUGAAAAAAAUAGCCAAGAUGAAUGUGGUGAUGAAAGUGCCUGCUCAGCAUUCAGGAAAAGCUUAUUUAAACCAACUGAUUAUACGUAUGCAAAUACAGAGAACACAAAUCCCCAAAAAGAAAUAGACACAAACUGUAAUAUUUAUAACAACAAAGGAAUGAAAAUGGGAGAUCUAUGGAAAAAUAAUUCGCAGAUCGCGCAAUAUUCAGAUUUUAAUCUGUUUAGUGUAAAUGAUAUUUUUUCUGCUUCUGCAAAUGGAAAAGGAAUUGAAAAAGUACAGUCAUUUCCUUGUGUUUCAAAGAGCUCUAGUGUGGAAGGAACAGCUAAAAAUGAAAUGAUUUUGAGAGCUGUAGCUGAAAUACCUGCUCAGUUUAGAAAUAUUUUCAAAGAGUUCCCAUACUUUAAUUAUAUUCAGUCCAAGGCUCUGGAUGAUCUCCUUUAUACAGACAGGAAUUUUGUGAUCUGUGCUCCAACAGGUUCUGGGAAAACUGUGAUGUUUGAGCUUGCAAUUACUAGGUUAUUAAUCAAAGUGCCAAUGCCUUGGUUAAAUAUUAAAAUUGUCUAUAUGGCUCCAAUAAAAGCUCUCUGCAGUCAGCGUUUUGAGGACUGGAAACAAAAAUUUGAACCCAUUGGACUGGCCUGUAAAGAACUAACUGGAGAUACAGCAAUGGAUGACUUAUUUGAAAUACAACAUGCUCACAUUAUUUUGACUACACCAGAAAAAUGGGACAGCAUGACUAGAAAGUGGAGAGACAACUCUCUGGUUCAGCUUGUGAAAUUGUUUCUCAUUGAUGAGGUACAUGUUGUGAAAGAUGAAAGCCGAGGUGCUACUCUUGAGGUUGUAGUUAGCCGGAUGAAAACUAUUCAGUCUUCCCUUUCUCGUUGUUUUGAGAACCACGAUGUCGUAUACCCCAUGAGAUUUGUGGCAGUUUCUGCCACAAUCCCAAAUGCUGAAGAUAUUGCAGAAUGGCUUUCAGAUGGCAAGAACCCUGCUGUAUGCCUGAAAAUAGAUGAAAGACACCGACCAGUGAAGCUUCGCAAAAUAGUUCUUGGAUUUCCCUGCAGUAGCAACCAAACAGAAUUCAAAUUUGACUUAACACUGAACUACAAAGUAGCUAGUGUUAUUCAAACGUAUUCUGAACAAAAACCUGCUCUUGUGUUCUGUGCCACAAGGAAAGGAGUUCAGCAGGCAGCUUCUGUCCUAGCAAAAGAUGCUAAAUUUAUUAUGAAUUCAGAACAAAAACAAAGGUUACAAAAAUUUGCUAAUUCAGUAAAAGAAGCCAGACUGAGGGAUCUUUUGAUCUGUGGAGUAGCUUAUCAUCAUGCUGGAAUGGAGAUGUGUGAUAGAAAAGUAAUUGAAGCAGCUUUUAAUACGGGAGACAUACCAGUACUUUUUACGACUAGUACCCUUGCAAUGGGUGUAAAUUUGCCAGCACACCUUGUAGUUAUAAAAUCAACAAUUCAUUAUGCUGGAGGAAUGUUUCAGGAGUACAGUGAAACUGAUAUUUUACAAAUGAUUGGACGAGCAGGGAGACCUCAAUUUGAUACAACAGCGACAGCAGUUAUCAUGACCCGGCUGAUUACAAGAGACAAGUACCUUCAGAUGUUAAAUGGGGCAGAUAUGAUAGAGAGCAGUUUACACACACAUCUUAUUGAACACUUAAAUGCUGAAAUCGUGCUCUAUACCAUCACUGAUGUAAACAUUGCUUUAGAAUGGAUACGAUCAACAUUCCUCUACAUCAGAGCUUUGAAGAAUCCAGCUCAUUAUGGUUUUUCAGUUGGAUUGGACAGAACUGGUAUUGAAGCAAAAUUACAAGAAUUAUGUUUGAAGAAUUUGAAUGAUUUAUCAUCAUUUGAUCUAAUCAAGAUGGAUGAAGAACUUUAUUUCAAGCCAACAGAAACGGGGAGACUAAUGGCUUGGUAUUAUAUUGCUUUUGAAACCUUGAAAAAGUGUUUCAUGAUUAAGGGAACAGAGACAUUAUCUGAACUGAUUACAAUGGUAUCCAGUUGUAAUGAGUUUUCAGACAUCAAAUUAAGAACAAAUGAGAAAAAAAUACUGAAUACUUUGAACAGAGACAAGAACAAGAUAAGCAUAAGAUAUCCAAUGGAUGGAAAAAUAAAAACCAGAGAAAUGAAAGUGAACUGUCUUAUUCAGGCUCAGUUGGGAUGCCUUCUCAUACAGGAUUUCCCAUUGACACAAGACAUAGGCAAGAUUUUCAGAAAUGGCAUAAGAGUUACAAAAUGGUUGUCUGAAUUUCUGGCCUCCCGUCAAAACAACUUCCUUGUAUUAUUAAAUUCUUUGAUUUUAGCGAAGUGCUUCAGAUGUAGACUGUGGGAAAACUCACUGUACGUAUCUAAGCAACUGGAAAAAAUUGGUGUGACAUUGUCUAAUGCAAUGGUGAAUGCAGGCCUGACGUCUUUUAAAAAAAUAGAAGAUAUAAAUGCAAGGGAACUUGAACUGAUUUUGAACAGGCAUCCUCCGUUUGGAAAUCAAAUUAAAGAAUCCAUAGCUCAUCUUCCAAAAUAUGAACUUUCUGUAGAACAGCUGCCAAAAUACAGUGAAACAAUAGCUGAAAUCUUAGUGUCAGUCAAAUUAACCAACUUUGAACAGCUGCAGAUCAAAAGAACUGCUCCGGAUUAUCAUUAUGUAACUCUAAUAAUAGGAGACGAUGAUAAUCAAGUGGUUUUUAAGCAAAAGAUUACGGAUUCUGCUAUGCUAAAAAUUGGAAAUUGGACUAAAAAGGUUGAAGUAAGAAGAGCUGUUAAAUCUGAGGAGUUUACCAUUAAUCUAAUCAGUUCUGAAUACGUUGGACUGGAUAUUCAUCAAAAAUUUAAAGGUGUUUACAUAGGACCAAAGAGAUAUGGAAAUCAAAUGAUCAGCAGAUGUGGAAACACAGAAGAUGAAUGUUCAUCUGAUAGCUCAUCAAAACCCAAGACUACUAAAGGAACUACUUAUAACCAAGAUAUCCUCAACAUAAAACAUGGGAACAGAAAAUGCAACCAUCACUGCAAAAAUAAAGAAGUUUGUGGACAUGACUGUUGUAAAAUUGGAGUCUCAAAGAAAUCUGACUUGAGGAAAGAGUCAACAUUGUCUUCGUAUCUUGCUGAUUUGAGGAACCGGGAUGCUGUGUCUACUGUUCCCCCAGUCAAACGAUUAAAGAUGGAUCUGUCAAACAAAUCUCAGAAUAUACAGCUUAAACAAUUUGGUUAUACUCCUAAAUCUUCACUUCCAAGAUUGUCAAGGUCAGAAUAUGCACCGCAUUCCGAGUUUACUUUAAUAGAAGAGGGGAAUGAACUUGAUGUUCUAGGAAGAGUUCAGCUGCAACCUGAAGGUUUCAAAGAUACUGAACCUUUGAAUGUGAACUUUGAAUUAGGAGAUGAUGUUUGGGAUGAUUAUAGUGGUGGAAGUUUAGAAGCUGAUAAUAUAGAGAAGUCAGAAUCUCCUCAUGUGGAAUCUAAAAACAUAUGCCUUCAGAGAUCAGGCAGAAUUGAUUCCCUUUUCCAUGAUAAGCAGAAGAAACAACCAGGUGCACAGUUAAAAAGGUUUGUCUUUGUAGUGGAUUUGGACUUGCAGCUUGAAGAAAAUCAGCCUAAAUAUUCAGAAGAAUAUGGCCUCUGA